AUGUUGUUAUACUCCUUCAUCUGGAUUUUAAUUCAGCCCAGUGCGUCCUGUAAUUUAUCAAAAUGCACUGAAACAUCUUCGGUCCAAAGAUACCGUUUGGAGGGACAUGUACUAAUUGAACGACGCGCUGAGACUAUGCUAGAAUGCGCGCAGUUCUGCAACCAAACCCAAGAGUGCUUGAGCGUUAACUACAAGUUGCUGGGUCAAAUCUGCGAGCUGAAUAGAGCAGAUGUCCACAUUGCUCCUCACAACUACCUCCCAGCCAGAGGUUACGUUUACCUUGAUAAUCCUUGGCCCAAAGUCAAAAUGGUAGGAGCUAGUACUUUACUUCUUCGAUUACCAAAUAAAAAGAAAAAAAUAAACGCGAACAAAAUAGAUUCAAUCUGCAAACGUUUAUCUUAACCGUUUAGCGGUAAAUUUCAGUGCAUAACUUUAAAGGUGUAGUUUUUAAGCCAAUCCCGUAAUCGAAAUACUAGUUUACCCGCCAACGUUGUAGCAUUACUCAAUCCUCUUUUCCAUAGUUAAAGAUUUUCUACUGGCGUUUAGUGCUAGGUUACGCUCGACACUCCUCUCCUUUUACGAAAUUUCGAAACGGCCUAUUCUGUCACGUGUUUUCUUUAGCAAUCCAUGCUGUCUUGCCUCAGAAAUUUGGGGCGAAGGGGGUAGAAAUAUUAUUACCCGGUAAAUACAUAUGUAACUUAUAUCUUUGCUGUUUGUCCUUUCAAUUGAUGAUUUCAGAAAUCUUGCGCCAGUAUUAAGGAUAUUGUCUCUAACGCGGAGUCAGGCUACUAUUGGAUUGAACUCUGGCAAGAGAAGAAGGAAGUUUUCUGUGACAUGAUUAAUUUUGGUAUGAACCCAACAGUUCACAAAUUAAUUUUAAAAAUAAUUAAAAAGUUUUCCUCGACUAGAGCUUUUUCACUUUCCUUAUGAUUUCCAGAUGUUCUCGAAAAGUCUGUAAUUCGUAACUAUUGUAUUUCUCUUCACAACCGUUGCUAUUCCUAUUCAUUACUAUUACCAUGGUCGCGAAAGUGGCUGAUUGGUCUUCAUUCCUAUCACUGGGGUAAAUUUAAUAUGCGAAACACGGACAUCGCACGACUUUUAAGACAUUCACAUGAAUAUAACACAAAGUUUGCACAAAGUUUAAACAGGUAUUACGUGCUCAUCAUAGAAUGACGCUCGUAUGAAGUUUUGUUCCCCAAAAUAUUAUGUACUCUUUACUGCUCAAGAGUUUGGUUUGUUUCAUUUCUGUUCGACUUUAUUGUGAGGUGGAGGUUGGACACUUGUCGCAAGUAUCUCGUCUUCAAACAAUAACCAUCUGCUAAGGACGGAAGUAAACUGCCUUCUCCCAAACCGAUGCGUCGAGAACGUUUCCUCAGAUAUACCAACCAGAAAAAUGUCUGAUAAAGACAUCCAUGCUAUUGCAACUACUGAAGGUAAGAUAAACGAACAAAAGCAAGGAGCUUUACAGUUUUACGAAACCAAGAUCUUUACAAGCAUCUGCUCUUUUCUACUAUUCUUUUUGAUUUCAAUGGUGAAAUUAUUUUCUUUUCAUAAAUUCUCUCUUACCAGGGACAUUUCGAGUUGAUCAGGUAUCGAAUGGUUUCACAGCCUUCUUUAAGGUAAAAUUAUUAUUUUUUGGUUUCUAACGAUCCAUCGUCAACUUCCAACAACAGAAAGGGUUAAGUUUGACUCCAGCUGCCCGGGUACAAGUCCUGCUGCAUCAUCAGUUCACUGAGUUUUGCCGUAAGUUAAAAUGUCUCUCCACCUAGGACUGAUGAAGGCAUGGGUACUAAGUCAAACUGUCGGGAUACUCCUUGACACGUGAUGCUAUUGAAGCAUUUUCAAAUGCUUAAUUACAAAUUCCUUGUUGUUACAGAUACCUAUUGGAGCGCAUCUGUUUAACUCUGAAUGCUUCGGAGCAAGGUACUUGUAUAAUGGUGUCAAUUAUACGAUUCGAAGAAAAUCCCCUUUAAAACAAAAUGCGUACGAAAAUAAGAUUAUAAAUGCUUGAGCAACAUGUUAGUUUAAGGAGAAUUUUGAACGAGAAUUACGAACGAAGAAAUGAAUCGAUAUAAUAGGCAGGUGAAGUAAACUGAUAUCAUUCCCGGACAUUAAAAAGAAGGAGAAAAAACGCAAUAAUCAAGCAUUACCUUUAAAAAUGUUCACCCAGCUUUAGGAGAAUAUAGAAUUGGUAUGGUGCGAGUACUAGCCGUGAGAUUAUAAAAGUGAGUUUGUUUUGUUUCACAAUACAGCAUUAUUUUGCUUGUUUGUUUGUUUAUCUUCUCAUGCCAUUAGCGCUAUGGCCGAUAACCUCCUUGCAUAGAACAAUCCUAUACCAACCAGAACCCUGGUACCUCUCUUAAAUGCAACAUAAUUUCUUAUCAUUUUUGUUUCAGUUGUCCUCGUAUAAUUGUGUCUCAUUCAUAUCCCUACCAGUGGGAAUCGAACUGCAAGGGGACGGAGCUUGGCUAUCAGAUCACUGAUACUCCUAACCGUUGCCAUAGAGGUAAACAUUUAUGAGUAAGUGCAAGUAAUUUCAUCAGGAUUGCUGCAUAAUUGGCAAUGUAAGGUAUCAAAUUUUAAACAUCACCUAUUACCUUGCUUCUCCAACUUUGAAAUUAGCAGCUUUAACUAAAUAAUUUCUAAUGGUGAACACUUCAGGUAUUUGCACGUUUCCCCCAGGAGCUUUAUAUUGUGCGAUAAUCCAUUUUUUUCUCAUAUCCCAGUGUUCGAUAUGCACGACAACGGUGAAUGUGGUCACACUUGGUACUCUUCGAAAUAUGGUGAGCUCCAAUCUAUCGUUUUGUACUCAAUUAUCUUAAAUAGCUAUGCUCAUUCAUUUUUCCACAGUUACGAUGUUAAUGGUACAUCUCAGUUAUGUUUUUCAAUUUUUUGUAGAUAUUAUGGUUUUCUUAAUCCUAUAUGUCUCUUGUGUUAUGACGAUGUUUGGCUAUCAUAUUCACAAUGAUCAUGAGUAUGUCGUUGUCGUCAUUAUCAGUGAUAAUUAUUCCUUUUAUGGUGAUUGUUAUUUUAUAAUUCUCAUCAAACGUUUUGUUGCUUUAGGUACAAAUCGAGUGCUGUAUGGAUUCCCCUGUAGCAGUUUCAGUGGCAUUUACAGUAAUAAACAAGGUCUUCUUUUUGUAAAAUAG